CCGCCCCUUCUCCUGCGCCCGCCUCCGCGGCGCCCGGCGCCCCCGGCCGAAGGAAGACCAGGUACGCCUGGCCAGUGCGUGUUGGAAAAUGGCUGGCUCAGCAGAUUUCAACCUGAAAAUCGUCCUGGUCAGUUUUAAGCAGUGUCUCAACGAGAAGGAGGAGGUGCUGCUGGACCACUACAUCACCAGCUGGAAGGGGCUGGUCAGGUUUCUGAACAGCCUGGGCACAGUCUUCUCAUUCAUCUCCAAGGACGUAGUCUCAAAGCUGCACAUCAUGGAGCACCUGAGGAGCAGCCCUCAGUGCGAGCACUACACGAGUCUGCAGUCCAUGGUGGCCUACGAAGUGGGAAACGGACUGAUAGACCUGGAUCGCCGCUCCCGUAACCCUAACUCAGGCUGCAGAACCAUGCUGCGCCUACACCGGGCCCUGCACUGGCUGCAGCUGUUCCUGGAAGGCCUGCGCACCAGCCCUGAGGACGCACGCACCUCCACACUCUGCCUUGACUCCUACAACGCCUCACUGGCUGCCUACCACCCAUGGAUCGUGCGCCAAGCUGUCACAGUGGCCUUCUGCACCCUGCCCUCACGCAAGGCCUUCCUUGAAGCCAUGAACGUGGGGCCUCCUGAGGAGGCUGUGGAGAUGCUAGGCGAGGCCCUGCCCUUCAUCAAGCAAGUGUAUGACAUCUCCCAGAGGCUCUACACUGAGCACUCCCUGCUGAACCUGCCCUAGCAGCUGGCACCCAGGUCAGGCAGCUCUCCCUGCUGCAGGGCUUGGGCAGGGCAAGGCCUGUACUCUACACACAGCUUUUUGGGUGCCACUGUCACCCCUGCAAGCUGAGCUUGCUGGAAGCUGUGGGCCUGUGCCCCUCUGAACUAUAGCCUAACCCUCAGCCUCAGUUACACACAUGCUCAGUUUAGGCCUCACUGAGGUAUAGACAAGUCAGGCAGGGCAGGACCUGGUGAGUGCAGCAGCCAGAAGGGUUGUCCCAUCUCUGUUUGUGAAAGGUGUAUGGUCAUGGGUCUCUGGGUCACAAAGGCUCUGUCCUCUAGCCAUGUGCUUAGUUUCCCAUUGUUGUCACAGGCCCAGGACACAGAAGGGACAGGGUGUCUGUGCCAGACAGACAACCACAGUCUCCGCCACCCUGGGUGGGGGUCUUGGCAUAGUGGGCUCUUCUCUUCCCCUUUACUUCCUGAUUGGCCUCUGCAUGCAAAACAGGCCAGCAGCUUUCUAUCCAGGGCUCCUAGAAAGUCCUGGGAAGGACUCCUCCAGAGUCCCUGUGGGUAUCAGCUCCUAGGGGGGCAUGCUACAAGGCACCCCCAGCUCAGCCUGAGGUCCUGGGAGUUGAGCCAGGCCUCACCCUCCCAGUAAGCACCCCACAAGAUACCACACUUUCUCCCCUGUGCUGUUGCCCCUGUCCCCACAGUGAUCAGGACACCCUGGUGGGGCACGGUAUGGCAGGGGGCCAGGCGUGUGCCUACCUGCCAGCCACCACCCAGCACUUGGGGAGCUGGCCUUUCCAAAUGGCUUUUACACUAGACCUAGGACAGACCAGGAGGCAGUGUCUACAGGGCAGCAGACACAUCAGUGUGGGCUUAUAGGGUUUGUUUGGUCCCUGAUAUAUGUGGUAUUUCCCAGAAUAAAAUUACACUUAUAGGCCUGGG